AUGUCCAGGAUUGGUUAUAGAACAGAUAAGGGUGAUGACAAGGUGGACCUGUGCGGCCGGGGGAGCUGGUGGCUGCAAACACUGAAAGAUACACCCAACCCCGGAGUCUAUCACAUCCGGGACUUCAUUGAGGAAGCUGAACUGAAUCCUGUGAGAAAGACUUAUGGGUUCAAAGGCGUGGGCAGGAAAGCCCAGACUCUGGGUGUGCGUCAGGGCGAUCUGCUGCUUCCUGGGGCGUAUGACUACAUCGACUCCACGCAGGAGGUCCUGAUGAACCAGGCGUCCUACUCUUUCAAAAACUGCCCCCGACCUGACAUUGUCACCCUGGGAAUCAGGGACAAGCACAUAAACACUUCACCGUGUGACUACAAUGUGACAGCGAAACCAGUGGAGAAGAUUCCCUGCAAGCAUGUGAUGUUUCGGUCGACUGUGCAGCGGAUCAGCUUUCCGCCUAAAGAAGGACCUGCUCCAUGCUGCUACAACCCACAGCCCAGACCAGCUAAAGCCAUCACCUCCUGCUUCAAAUCCACACUACCUCGGCUCCACAGUGUGAACUCAAAGACCCCAGGACCAGGGACAUACGAACCUUACUGGAAGUGGUCUGACCAUGGAGGCCACAGACCCCUCAUUUAG